UAGUCAAGCUGAUAAGGAAUCGUUAAGUUGACGAUUAUGUUCCAGUUUAAGAUUUAUAGCAUGUCUAGCAGAUACUGAAGGACAAAAGCAGACUCAACAUGCUCGGACACGGAACGUGUGACGGGAUGAGGAACAAUGAAAAGAGACCCAAGUUAAUGAGGAGGGAAGAGCUGAAUAAAGGAAUUCAGUGUGGUGGCUGCUGCCCCAUCUGCAGAUCUCAUAUUUGCUCUUGCCGACAUCAGGGGCAGAAGUGGUCCAGGUCCCAGCGAUGGAGCCUGCGAAUGGUGGACACAGCCAGAUUCGGAAGAGAGAUCUGGUGGGACAUCAGUAGUUAUAGGAUGUGCAUUAAUCCUUAAUUCGCAUACCUGCGAGGCGCAGAAGUGACGCCACAGUCAAGGACACGCCUGUAUGUUUCUUGCAAACCAUACCUGUCCGGCGCAUGCUUUGCGCAAAAGCAGUUCAAUCCAGAGCUCCCC